AUGUUCGCUUGGCAGAUCUCUUCUAAUUGGAUUCCUACCAAAUGCAACCUCACUAAGCACGGUUUAUUGACAGACGAGGUUUGUCCUAUUUGUGAUUCUCAGUUAGAAACUACUCAUCAUGCCUUAUGGGGUUGCUCUUCUCUUGCUGACUGUCGUAAUCUUAGUGAUAUCUCUUUGGGAGAUCCUCUUGCUGUUUGUCCCGAUUUCUAUGAUUUUAUUCAUCAGUUUCUGGACCCUUUGCCAAUUGCUACCUUAGAGCUGAUUUUGGUAAUUAUGUGGAGAAUUUGGUUUAGGAGAAACAAAAAGGUGCAUUAUGAUAAAAUGAUUGACUCAGACAUUGUUGUUUCUUGGGGUCGUGACUUCCUUGCUAACUAUCAGAGAGUAGAUAAGCCUCUUGAUAAUUCUCUCACGUUGGGGAGCUCGUCAUCCACGCUCAUGGGCUCUUCUAGGUCGGCAUGGGUGCCGCCCACUAGGGGGAUUGUUAAGAUCAAUGUCGAUGCUGCUCUUGAUACCCCUAAUGGAAGAUGUGGGUUGGGUAUGGUGGCUCGUGACUCCACCGGUGAUGUAAUAGUUUCUGCUGUUUGGCACAUUAUGGGUACUUUCACUCCUGAAAUAGCGGAAGCUCUAGCAUUAAAAUAUGCGGCCAACCAAUGCCGCUUAUUGGGUUUCCAAAAUGUGUGGUUUGAAUUUGAUUGUUUGAAUGUGGUUUUGAAGUUUAAUAACCAGGUUCCUUUGGCUUCUUCUCUGGGGUUAGUCAUAGCAGAUUUUAGACUCAGUUUUUCAGUUUUCCACUCUGCUAGUCUUUCUUUCUGUGCUAGAGCCUUUAAUACUGUUGCCCAUUCCUUAGCUAAAUAUGCCUUGUCGGAAGUAAUUAGUAAGGUUUGGUGGCCUGGCUACCCUUCUUGUAUCCAUGAUCUCAUUUUAUAUGAGAAGAAUUAA